AUGAGGGAUGUAUCAAAGCUCCGGUCGGACAGGCUUCCCUGUGCGAACGUCGACGUGGAAAACAGGUCGCACUGCCCGGGCGAGGGUACGAUGGCGUGCAGCAGGUGCAAACUGGUGUCGUACUGUUCCAAGGAGUGCCAGCGGGGUCAUUGGAAGAUCCAUAAAGCAGACUGCAAGGAUCCGCUCAUGGCAAGCGAUUGGAAGCCUGUCUGGGAGCGCGAGCGUCGGCUUCCCUCUUUCAUCUCGUCAGAUAAUGAUGGAUCUGCAUCGAGCCCCAUGACAAAAGAGCGGUUAGCGACGGGCCUACAUCUAUGGGGUAAUAUGCCAGCCAUAGAUUUGGUCAAUCUCGAACAGAACGAGAAGAAUCGUGACACCGAUCUUACGUUGGCUUGUGUCGCUUCCGGAGAUCUCAGGAACGUGGUGCAGACCGUGAACGACCUUCCGCAAGACUACGCAGGGCAAAUGAGUAUCGUUCUCAAUGAUCGCGACCCUGCCGUAACGAUGCGUAACCUUAUCCUCCUGUGCCUCCUGGGUACCAUCGAUGACGACGUUGUUGCUGCGGAGCUCGCGCUCCAUUUCUGGUACUCGGUUUUUCUUCCUAUCGAAUAUAGUCUCCGAAUCGGCGUCGCCAUCAAGCCACUUAUCGAGCAGAUUCUGUUGCAGCUGUCGGAGUACCGUCUUCCUUUCGGGAGCACGUCCAGCAUGUCCUUUGACGUUCCCCAAGACAUGGCCUUCUACAUGGUUGGAAUGUUGGAAUCAACAUACUCUGUGGAGGAUGCACAUUAUGAGUAUCAGCGUGUCCGAUUCGCGGAAUCAAGGCAGGAUUACCAUGAGCGUCUGUACUGCCAGAUCGAGCCUGCUCACCGUGUCUCCUUGAAACAAUAUCGGUCAUUUGGCCUUGUUCUCCCUUUUGGCGCUCUCAACGCCCAAUUUAACACGCCCAAUCGGUCUCUAUUCUCGCACAAGGGUGUAUGGUUACAAAAUGACCACGUGACGCCUUUAGAAUCCUGGGACUUGAAAUCCGUUAUCGAAUGCGGCAGAAGACAUGGUGCUCAGCGAGCAGACAUCUACGGCUGUCUGUACUUCUUUUUGUCGGACCAAUUGCGCAUAUUUGCUCGGCGCCUCCGGCGAUUCAACAUCUCGUUCCACGUCUUCAACCGUGACGUUCGAGAUUUUGCGGAGAGCAUCAAAGCAAAUGCUCUCGCCAGCGCUGGGAUACCGCCACAUAUUUUCUUCGACCGCAUCGAAGUAUCGAACAUAAUGGACAUUGAAUACGUAGGCGUGCGCCGGGUUCUCGAAGACUGGGGUCCCCUGUUGAGGGACAGUAAGACCUCGACUAUUAUCGCCUACUUCAUGAAUUGGCGUACUCGACAGAAAGGAGGUGACCCUGUCACCGCUGGCAAGAACGUCGUCCACAAUCUCAUCAAACGUUUGCACGAACGCAACAGGGUAACAUAUAUUCCCACCGGAGAUUCAAUAUUACUGACUUCGUCUCGAGCUACCCCUAUGCAGUACCGGCAGUACCUCGAACCCAUCUACGACAAUUGGGUCCCAUUCAAAAAAUAUUUGAGGGCGCAGGGUACCGAUAUUGUACUCAAGAAGAUGAAACUUUGCAUGAGGGAAACGCACACCAUAAUACCGCACGUAAGUGUGGCGUAG